AAGGCUCAGGAACACACGAGGGGAAAAUCAGAAGAAAACAAAAACACUGUUCUGCCCCUUCCGAGUCAAACCACCAAAACCACUUCCUAUCCACAAAUCCCUCUCAGCAUAACUCCAAACCAUUACAAUCAUGGCUGAUAAGAAAGAAGAAACUCAAGAGAUUGGUCAGUCGUCCAUAUUUUCCUUAUUAAUCAUCAAUUAUCAAUUCAAUCUUACUUUAUUGCUGUUGGUUUGCUGGGCAAAAGAUGGACCCCGCCAAUGCGACUCGAAAGAUACAAGAAUUUGCACAACCACCUUGGAAACAGCGCAAAGAACAGAGGACAAUUAGCUAACAAUACAACAACAUGCAGAUUACUCUCUCAACAACCCUGAUACCCUCACCAAAUACAAGAAUGCUGCUACAAUCUCCCAAAAGGUUUUGAAGGAUGUUACCGCCUUGUGUGUUGCUGGCGAGAAAAUUGUCACCAUUUGCGAGAAGGGUGACAAGCUCCUUGAGGAGGAGAUCGCGAAGGUUUACCGAGGAAAGAAGAUGGUCAAGGGUAAGCAGGCUCCUCUACUCGUCAUAUUUAUUCGACUAACAAACAGAAAAGGUAUUGCCCAUCCAACCACCGUUUCUCCUUCAGCGUUCGUUACUCCUUAUACUCCUCUUAAAACGGACGAAGCCGAAGCAAAUGUUGUUCUCAAGGAGGGCGAGGCCAUCAAAAUUCAACUCGGUGCACAAAUUGACGGAUUCGGAACAAUUGUCUGCGACACCAUUAUCAUUCCUUCUGCUGAGAACGCAAAUGGAGAGAUCAUUGGAAGAGAUGCGGAUCUCUUGUUGGCUACACACUACGCAAAUGAGCUGUUGUUACGUUUGAUGGUCCCUCCUGGAUUGGUCCCAGUUGGCACAGAAGAGGAGCAGAAGAAGGCAGCAGCUGUUAAAGCUCCAACCCAAGCUAAGAUCACAAGCUUACUCGAGAAAUUGGUAAAGAGUUACGACUGUAACUUGGUCGAGCACACCACCUCUUGGCAAUUUGAGCGCAACGAGAUCGAAGGAAAGAAGAAGAUUAUUCUUGCUCCAGGAGAUGGUACAAGAGGUGAUGGUGUUCCAGAAGUCGGCGAUGUUUGGGGUGUUGAGAUGGGUGUUUCCCUUGGCUCUGGAAAGAUCAAGAACUUUGAGAACAGAACUACUCUUCACCGUCGUACCAACCUCACAUACGCUUUGAAGCGACCAAGUUCUAGAGCGAUCAUGAACGAAGUUGUGAAGAAGUUUGGCACUUUCCCAUUCAGUUUACGACAAUUGGAAUCUGAGCGAGAUGCUAAGGUCGGUGUUGUUGAGUGUGUACGUGGUAACGUUUUCAGACAAUAUGAAGUUGUUGGAGACAAGGAUAACGAGGCAGUUGGAAGAUUGUUGACCACCAUCGGUGAGUAAUGAUGAAAAUAUUUGUCUUUGAAAGAUUACUAACACGUUUAGCAAUUACCAAAAACGGUUUACAAAAGAUUGCUUCACCACCUGAGCCAGAUCUUAGCAAGUUCAAGACUGAUAAGAAGAUCACUGAUGAAGAGAUCCUCAAGAUACUGGAGCAGCCUUUGGCUAAGGACAAGAAGAAGAAAGCUGCUAAGAAGCCCGCUGCAGCAGAGUAAAUAGGUCGGUGAGGGAUUAGGCACGUGAUAAGAGGAAGAGAGAUGACAGCUGAAUCAGUUGAAAGCUGACAAAUGGUCUGAUUCAAACCUCACUAUGGAAAACUACUCUUCUCUAUUUACGUUUCUUGCUGCGGGCACUGCUUCAUAAAGCUUGUCAAGUAUUCACUGUUCUUACCUCAUUUAUUGUCAUUCGGAAGAGCGACGAGCAAAUGUGGUAACUCGGGUCUGCAUCCCAUAGGAAGAUUUUAUUGAGCAGUGGAAAGCUUCUCAAAUUCAGAGAUAUGCAGCAAAUAAAUGAGUGCUGAACCAAAUCAAUCUUGCAAGUGAAUUUAAUUGUUUGAUUAUCGCGU